AAUCUAAUCAUAUCCAACUUGGUUUUCAAAUUCGCUUCUGAUUGGGAAAAAAUAAGCUUCUUUUAUCGCUUCAUUUUUCUUUUCGUCUACGCCCCUGGUCCUCUUCUUCUCUCCGUCACACAGACCGCGCCGGCGAAACCAAUCCUCCGGCGCAAGAAACCUGUAUUCUUCGGAACCCUAGCUUCUCCGGGGAAUCUCUCUCCAAAGUCCACAGCGGCAAUCGAGUCGCCGUCUCGAGAUGGCCUCGAUACCAUUCGUUUCCUUCACGGGGCCAAUCACGUUGCCUCCAAACGCCUCCCUAGGGAAGCCGAAUUCUCUUCAUAUGAUCGUCCGGCGAAAGUGUCCUCUCGAGGCCAAGAUCUUGAGGAGCUCCAAUGGCCGCUCGCUGUCGGCAUUCGCGUGCUCGACGUCGAUGCCUUUCAUCGGCAAAGUCGGAUUGCAGAGAAGAGAAGGUAACUUCUCGGUGCUGUACUUCGGUGCAAACCCUAGCCACAUGUCCUCUGUAACAGUGAAGACCGAUACUUCGGAAAUUCUAUCCGCUAUGCUUCCCUUUGUCGUCGCGCUUACAGCAGUUGCCGCGCUCGCUCAGCCUUCAACAUUCACUUGGGUGUCAAAGGAACUGUACGCCCCUGCCCUUGGAGGGAUUAUGUUGUCGAUUGGAAUAAGACUAUCCGUUGACGAUUUUGCUCUUGCAUUUAGGAGACCUCUACCUCUGUCUGUUGGGUUUAUAGCUCAGUAUAUGCUGAAACCAGCCCUUGGGGUGCUGGUGGGAAGGGCAUUCCGCAUGCCUCCUAUGUUUUAUGCUGGUUUUGUCCUCAUGUCUUGUGUUGCAGGGGCUCAGCUUUCCAGUUAUGCCAGCUUCUUGAGCAAAGGAGAUGUAGCCUUGAGCAUUCUUUUGACAAGCUCAUCCACUAUCGCAUCAGUUGUUGUUACCCCACUUUUAACAGGCCUUCUCAUAGGGUCUGUUGUUCCUGUUGAUCCGGUUGCUAUGUCCAAAUCAAUUUUACAGGUUGUUCUUCUUCCUGUCACUCUUGGUCUUGUUCUCAAUUCAUACGCAAAACCUGUGGUCAGCGUACUGCAACCUGUGAUGCCAUUUGUUGCUAUGAUAUGCACUUCAGUCUGCAUUGGCAGCCCUCUUGCAAUUAACCGAAGCCAGAUUCUUUCUGCUGAGGGUAUGCGAUUGGUUGCUCCAGUGUUGACAUUUCAUGUUGUGGCAUUCAUGUUGGGAUACGUGAUCUCCAAAAUCCCACUUUUGAGGCAAGAAGGAGAAGAAGUUUGCAGAACAAUUUCAUUGUGCACGGGAAUGCAGAGUUCCACAUUAGCAGGGCUUCUCGCCACCCAGUUCCUUGGAAGCAGCAGCCAAGCCGUUCCUCCGGCAUGCUCAGUGGUCUUCAUGGCUAUCAUGGGCCUCUGUCUCGCGUCUUUCUGGGGCACUGGUGCUCGGAUCCGGGACCUCGCUUCCUCUUUCAUCCGGCCAGCCGGUUCGACGGCUGACGCUUCUUAGCGGCUUAAUUCAGCACGCAGAGGCAGAGAGUAAACACUGGUAAUUAGUUCGGACAAAUUUAGUUUUAACUUUUCAGUGAAACGAACAAGUUUAAUGCCAAAUGCAGAGCUUGGAAGAGAAGAAGAUAUAAAGGGGGCAAAGGGCAAAGGGCAAAGGGAUUGAUUGUGCUGGGAAGCAGCAUAUGGUUGGUUGUACAGAUUACCGAAUCAAUAGAGAAAAAAAAAGUUCAGCUGUUCCAGCGGCUGCAUCAAUACUUAUUCAUGUAUAGUACCUCUUAGUUGCAUGCGUUAGAUAUAAACAAGGUACUUAUAUAGUUUUGGAAUGAAAGGCUUUAACUCAUUCAGUCAUGUUA